UAUCACUAUAGCGGUAGUAAACUGUUUUGGGAGGUUUUAUACUGCCGCAUUCCGAGUCUCCGGCCUCGAAAGGAGGGUGGUAGCUUAUUCUGUCACUCAAAUCCGAGAGAGAGAGAGAGAGGAAAUUGGUUGGUGCGGUAGGGGACGAAGAGGUGGUAGACUUCGAGCCCGAUGAAGAUGAUCUCAUGGACAAGGAGGCCGGCGCUGCCGAGGCCGACCCCUCGCCUGCACCCAAGCUCCGAUCCACGAUCGCCGGAAACGCCUUGGGCCCGGGGAAGACCAAAGGCAGAGGCUUCCGCGAGUCGGAGCUAGGGAUUUCGAUUCCCUCGAGGCCGAUGGCGGUCCCGAUCCUCAACGCUAUUGAGGGGUGGAUUAUACUGGUCACCAGGGUCCAUGAAGAGGCACAGGAGGAUGAUCUGCACAACGCCUUUCAUCAAUUUGGUCAGGUCAAAAAAUUGCAUCUAAAUCUUGAUCGUGGCACUGAAUUUGUCAAGUGGCAUAUGGAGCUAUAGUGUGCAACAACGGACACAAUGGGGUACUCUCUGGCUAUGAAGCACGAACAGGCUAUAUAUAUAUAUAUCCUCGUGAUUCUUGAGGGUAAGGAUUGUGAAUUGGUUGAUUCGUUGAAGUCUAAUAAUAGAUGUCUUGAUGCUCCAAACAGAAGUUGACACUGAUUAACAAUACUUGGCUAUAAAAUUUGUCUUACUAGUGUGUCUAGUGUGUCGGUCAACUAACGACAUGGUACGUGUUGUGUUCGUAACGUAUCAUGUGUUGGUAUGAUUGUACAUAUUGAUAACACAAAAAAAUAUAUAAAAUAACUUUAAAAAUUUUUAAAAAUAAAAAGAUUAGGAUUUUUAAGUUAGAAACAAAUACAAAUUUGGUAUAAUUUUAGUAAAAGAUAAUCUAAAUUAAGAAAG